CUUUCUACCGCACGCUCAGUCCAACACGGGUAAUCCAGCGUGCAGUUAAGUUCUUACCACCCCAUUCGCGUUCUAGAAGACAGAUCCCUGAAAAAUGUCGUCGAAAAACCAGGACUUCGUUGUUAACUUCCUUAAGGAUUUCGCCGCUGGUGGUGUAGCAGCUGGCAUCUCCAAGACCGCCGUUGCUCCCAUUGAACGUGUGAAGCUCCUUUUACAAGUCCAACAUGCUUCUAAGCAGAUCACCAAAGAUAAGCAGUACAAGGGCAUCGUCGAUGCCUUCGUCCGCAUCCCACGCGAACAGGGUCUUCUGUCUUUCUGGCGCGGUAACUUGGCCAACGUCAUCCGUUACUUUCCCACCCAGGCCCUGAACUUUGCCUUCAAGGACAAGUACAAGCAGAUCUUCCUUGCGGGAGUCGACAAGAAGACACAGUUCUGGCGCUACUUUAUGGGUAACUUGGCCAGUGGUGGUGCUGCAGGAGCCACCUCCCUCUGCUUCGUCUACCCUCUGGAUUUCGCCCGUACUCGUCUGGCUGCUGAUAUCGGCAAGGGAAAUGCUGAACGUGAAUUCACCGGUCUGACCAACUGCAUCGGCAAAAUCUUCAAGACUGACGGUCUCAAGGGUCUUUAUCAAGGCUUUGGCGUAUCUGUGCAAGGUAUCAUUAUCUACCGUGCAUCAUACUUCGGUCUUUUCGACACUUGCAAGGGAAUGUUGCCUGACCCUAAGAACACUCCGCUGAUUGUCAGUUUUAUCAUUGCCCAAAUCGUCACGACUGUCUCUGGUAUCACUUCUUACCCGUUUGAUACCGUCCGUCGACGUCUUAUGAUGCAGAGCGGUCGCAAGAAGGGUGAUGUGAUGUACAAGGGAACUCUGGAUGCUUGGGCGAAGAUUGCCAAGCAGGAAGGCGGCGGAGCCUUCUUCAAGGGUGCUUUCUCCAACGUACUCCGUGGCACCGGUGGCGCUUUGGUGUUGGUGCUGUACGACGAACUGAAGGUGCUUAUGUUCGGUGAGAGCGCGAGAGGAGGUUACGAAGGAGGAUAAUAAAUGUUCCAUCUGCAUUCGGACGGCGGUGUUGAUCUUACAACUAUUCGUACUACGGUUUUAUUUCAAGUGUGAAACUGGAUGAGUGCAAGGGAAUUUUGUCAUCUUAUUAAAUAAAAUGCAUAACGAUUGGUUGAUUACUCUGUUUUAAUUUAUAAGCACUAUCGUUGGUGUUGUGUUUUUGUUUUAUUUAUCUGCGAAUUUUGCCCUGGAACCAGCAGCAGUGUAGUUCCAGCCCACAAAUUUGAGAAGAAAACAGGAUUUGACGUUUUAACGUAGUGUUGUUUGAUGUUGAUGGUAACAGUAGUUGCAGUGAAUAAAAGAAAAGCGCUG